GUAUGAGUAGACUUUUAUAGAGAGGCAGCAUUAUUAAAUUUGGUUUAAGGUGCUCCUACAAUAGAUAUUUACAUAGAUGGAUUAGAAACAAAGAAAACUGUAAGAUUUAAUGACAAAUAAUAAGGCUUGAUAAGAUUACCAGUAUAUUCAGUAAUACAUAAAUUUAACAAUCGAGGGUGAUGAUGACAUUUCAGGUGUUGUGGAUUUGAGAAUGAAUAAAAAUAAAAAGAUUGAUCACUUAGGAAUCCGGAUUGAAUUAAUUGGUAGAAUUGGUAAUUUAUUGUUUUAAUCUAGAAAUACUUAAUGAUUAAAAAUAAUCAUCCGAUUUUAUGUCGAUGGGAAGAGAAUUAGAGGCAUAAGGUAUUUUGAUGGAGGAUAAAUCCUACAAAUUCUAAUUUAAUAAAUUUGAGAAGUAAUAUGAAAGUUAUUAUGGCAAGGAGGUAAAAUUGAGGUAAGAUAGUGUGUAAAUUAAAUCUAGAUAUUAUUUACGUGUUAUAAUGAAUAGAAAUUAUGGAUAAGUGAAAAAGGAAGUGGAAUUUGCAGUUUAAAUAAUGGAAUAAGAACAAGAAGAUUAACCUUAAUCUUCUUUAAAGCUUGAAGUGGGAAUUGAAGAUUGUUUACACCUAGAUUUUGAAUACUUUAAAUCAAGAUACCAUUUAAGGGAUGUUGUGACAGGGAAGGUGAACUUUUAUUUAGUUAAAAUAAAAAUAAAGUAUAUGGAAUUAGCUGUGAUUCGUAAAGAGUAAAUUGGAUCAGGUACAAAUUAGUAAACUGAAAAUGAUAUACUUGUGAAAUAUGAAUUGAUGGAUGGAUGUCCUUAGAAAGGAGAAGUUGUACCAAUUAGACUUUUUUUGAGUGGUAUUGAUAUAUCACCCACAUUUAAGAAUGUGAGUGGUAAAUUUAGUGUUAAAUAUAUUUUAAAUUUAAUAUUAGUUGAUGAGGAUGACAGAAGAUAUUUUAAAUAAUAGGAGAUUACAGUUUAUAGAAAGAAAUGA